AACCAAUAGAAUUACCCUCAGCUUUUAAAUUUAAACUUUCGAUGAAUAAACUAACAAUAAAUCAAAAUGUUUCGUUGAGUUUGUCUUUUUUUUAAAAAAAAUAAAGAAAAACGAAGUAUCAUGUCAGACAUUGUAACAAAGUUCAAAAAUCCCACUAAUUAAAAUUAAUUGAGAAUAAGAAUUUCAAACAAAAUAGUAUAGAACAAAAUGGAUAAUAAUAAUUUCACAUUAUUAAAUAUGAAUAAAAAUAUUUCAUUAAUUCCUUUAAUUCAUUAUUCUUUACCAUAUAAAUUAGUUGGUACAAUUUCAUUGUCAGUUAUUUUAACAGUCGGUGUUAUUGGAAAUAUUUUUGUUAUGUUAGUUUUAAUAUUAUCAUCAAAAUUGCAUACACCAACUAAUUGUUAUCUUAUUUCAUUAUCAGCUAGUGAUUUACUUGUAUUAAUGACUAGUACAACAUUAAUGGUACAAGAAUUUUAUCAACCAUAUAAUCAUUGGAGAUUAGGUAAUUUUGCUUGUCAAUUAAGUGUAUGUUUACAAUAUUUAAGUGUAGAUGCUUCAGCAUUAUCUAUAUGUGCAUUUUCUGUUGAAAGAUGGGUUGGAAUUUGUUAUCCAAUGCGUGCACAUUAUAUGUGUACUAUUAAAAGAGCAAUUAAAAUUAUUACUGGAAUAUGGAUUUUCACAUUAACAUAUAAUAUACCAUGGAUAUUUAUGAGUACUACAGUUAAACAAUAUUCAGAAUAUGGUUCAUUUGAAACGUGUACAUUUAAAUUUAAGCGAACAGCUUAUAAAGCUAUUUAUAUGUGUGAUUUAAUUGUAUUUUAUGUUUUACCAUUACUUAUUACAUCAGUAAUGUAUUGUCAAAUAAGUUGGAGGUUAUUUCGUACAGACAAUAAAGGAAUAUCUCUUGUUGGACAACAUAUAAAUUUUAAUCAAAUUAUAUCAUCAAAUAAAACAGAACGUUCUUAUGCUACGAUUAGUGAAACACAACACAAUUUGAAAUUACGUAAAGUAAUUAACAGAGUAAGAGCCAGAAGACAAGUAGUAAAAUUGUUAAUGAUUAUU